AUGGGCAAGAAGUCGCGCCAGAGAAAGCAGAGGAAGUCCAAGGAGUCCACGCCACCAGACUCCCAAGAGCUCCAACCACCGCAAUCACCGCAACCAAGCCAACUAUUAAAGCCACAUGAUCCGUCGCAGCCAGACCAGCCGCCGAUGCCACAUGAGCCGAUGGGGGGAUACAUCCAAGACGCACCGGACCUCGAUACUCCACACAUCUGGAUCAUCACCGAACCUCUGCAGGGUGAUCGGGGCCGCGAACAGGCACAGAAGAUCGGUUGGGUCCUCACUGAGGGCACGAAGAAUCCACCCCUCAGACUCUACUGCGCACCCGAUGACCACAACAUCCAGACGCUCGAGCAGACGUUGAUUGCCCUCCACGAGAAAGGCUACAAAAAUGUCGAGGUCUGCAUCGAGUACGGCUUCACAACCUGGCUGACCCGACACCAAUCGUGCCGUCACUACCGCCGACCGCCUAGAAUCGAAGCUCUCAUGGCGAGAUACCCAUUUAUCGACACUGAAUACGAAUCACUGUACCCCCGACGGCUUCUCAUCCAGGAGACGGCCGAAUUCCUCCUUACACGCGUAGGCGCGACGCUGUUCCGGACCCUCUACAACCUCAAGAAGCGAGGCAAGCGGAGCCCACGACACAUUGCCAUUUUCGCCCAUCCUUCCGUAGUCAUUGCUCUCACACGUGAACUCGGGAUCUUUGAGCAUCACCGCGGCCUCUGGGGCCAUUUCACGCAGACCCAUGACCAAGAAGUCCGGACCCACGCAGGAGGAAUCACAUGCGCCACGCACAAUCUCAAGAGCUCAGACCCGUUCUUCAAGCGCUGGCACGCGCUCUUGAACGGAUACGUCGACCAUAUGACUGGGGUACACAAUAUCGUCUCCUUUUACGCCGGCUCCGAGACCUCUUUCCCCCAGUGGCACUUCCCUGAUCCCAUGGCCAACUUCUCGUUUCGAGUUACCGCCCGCCAGUACCUUGUGGUACUAUUUAGAUUCCUGUGGGGAUUCGUCACCAUGUUCCCCAAGACCUGGAUUUGGCACUUCAAGGUGAAUCCAUACCGCGUCCCGGCGUUUCUGUUCAUUAUCUCCGUGUAUGCUUGGUUCUACUCUGAAUUCGAGAAGAUCGCUGGUGGGAUUCUUGGAGCUGAUAUAGGCCUCCUAGCCUCAGUUCAUUUCAUGCUGUUCUUGUUCCCCCCGCUACUUGCAAAUGUUUAA